AUGUAUCCGCCCAGUUCCGGCGGUUUCGAAGCAGCUGUGCCUGACUUCCAUAUUAGCAACUAUUCCAAGGGAGAGAAGUACUCCAGCAGAACCGGAGUAGGAGCCUUACCAAAUUUACCCUACUCUUUACCUGUGGGAUCUCCAUCCGGAAGUAGCAAUCACAAUAACGACGAUGAGUUGAAUUCUCCUAACCAUCUUUCUCCAGAAAACAGCUAUGUAGAGUUUGAUUUAAGUCACAUGAAUGGACCAUACAGCAACAGAUAUGGAAACGGUACUGGAACUUCUGAAGAUCUCAACAGUUUUGUUAGUGAAAAACGAGUGACAAGUACGAGCAGAUUGGGUUCUGCUGAAACAAGUCCCUUGAAUGUUAGAGAUUCUCUACCCGGACUUGAUGAUAUACUUGGAGAAGACGUCACCAUUGAAGUAGAUGAUAUCAAUUUCAAAGACAAAGAAAAUGAGCCG